GGCUUAGUCAUUGCUUUGGCCCACCAACUUCGGCUCCGGCAUCGCGAGCGAUGUCGCAAGCUACCCCAAACGCAAUAGCCGAUGGAAAACGUUUGAGCGCUGACUGGUUGAUGACUACGGAUUCCAAAGGGCGCUGCCGCUUAUUCGUUACCUUUCCGCGUCACGGCCUGGUCUUUUUUGUUUUUUGACAUUUGAUCAAUCAAUGUCUCGUUUGGGAGCGCAGCUUCUAUCGACUCAUCUGCGAACCGCCACGCCAAAACUACCACUACUGCGGGCCAACGUACGGCCAGUCUUCGAGGUUAGAUUCUACAGCGAGAUAAUGAGCGGCAGUGGCAAGCUCAAGCCCGCGGCGCGGGUGUCUGGCCAGAAGCAGGAUGUGUGGUCCAUCAUCAACGAGGCGGCCGCUGCAUCGCCCCAGCAGCCCAUUGUGAACAUGGGCCAGGGUUUCUUCGGAUACAACCCGCCGCCCUUCAUCCUCGAUGCGGCCAAGGAUGCCCUGGACCGUGUCGAGUGCAACCAGUACUCGCCCACCAAAGGCCGCCCGCGCCUCAAGAAGGCCAUUGCCGACGCCUACUCGCCGUUCUGGGGCCGCAAGAUUGACCCGGAGACUGAAGUGACCAUCACCACUGGAGCCAACGAGGGCAUGCUUAGUGCCUUUAUGGCCUUUAUCGAGCCCGAAGACGAGGUCAUCAUCUUUGAGCCCUUUUUCGAUCAGUACAUUAGCAAUAUUGAGAUGCCUGGCGGCAAGAUUGUCUACGUACCCAUGCACCCGCCCGCAACGGGCGCCACCAAGACGUCCUCAGCAGCCGAGUGGACUAUCGACUUUGACGAGUUGGAGCGCGCCAUCACCCCCCGGACGAAGAUGAUUGUCCUCAACACUCCUCACAACCCUGUUGGCAAGGUCUUUUCCAAGGAUGAGCUGCAGCGGAUCGGUGACCUCUGUGUCAAGAAUGAAAUCAUCAUUUUGUCGGAUGAGGUUUACGAUCGGCUGUACUAUGUACCUUUCACGAGAAUCUCACGGCUGUCUCCCGAAAUUGAGCGACUGACCAUCACGGUCGGCUCCGCGGGCAAGAACUUCUACGCCACGGGAUGGCGCGUCGGCUGGCUCAUGGGUCCGGCGGAUCUGAUCAAGUACGUCUCCGCGGCGCACACGCGCAUCUGCUACUCCUCCGUCUCACCCCUGCAAGAGGCUUGCGCCGUGGGCUUCGAGCAAGCAGACGCAAAGGGCUUCUGGGACGAGACCAUCAAGGACAUGAAGGCGAAGAUGGACCGCUUCAACGAGGUAUGGGACGAGCUGGGCAUGCCUUACUCGGAGCCCGAGGGCGGGUACUUUGUCCUGGUCAACAUGAAGAAGGUCAAGGUUCCCGAGGACUAUCCGUUCCCGCCACACGUGGCAAGCCGGCCGCGCGACUUCAAGCUCGCCUGGUUCUUGAUCCAGGAGGUGGGCGUGGCGGCGAUCCCGCCGACGGAAUUUUACACGGCCAAGAACGCACACAUGGCAGAAGACUACAUCCGGUUCGCCGUCUGCAAGGAUGACGAUGUGCUGGAGGAGGCCAAGCGGCGACUGAGGGGUUUGAAGAAGUACAUGGAGUGAAAAAGGGAGCGUAGCGUUCCGUCUCCUUUUCGUCUCCAUGCGCUUGGUGAGUGGUUUAUUUCUCUGCAAGCGACAGCAGAUACCUAGACUCGGAUAGAUUCUGGCUGUCUCGAAGUUGAAGAUGAUUCACCUCGUAUGUACCCCGGACUUUCAGGGGGUCGGCCCAUGGCGGAGGCACCCAUUCGUCCCCGUGGGGGAGGGCACGCCUAUGUGAUUAUCGGCAAGGGUUAUGAACUAGACGGGCUUAGGCUGAGAGCAAGAGAUGCGCGGAGGCCGUGGGAAGCGUCUUUAUUCUAGAAUGAUACGGAGACGUCGAGAAAA